CCCGCGCUCGCUGGGAUUGAGGAAAAGCACGAAAUCAGUGAAUCACCCUCUCUCCACCCCUCAAAUCUCUCAAAAUGGAAGUCGCCGCCAACAAGCAGCCCGUCAAGCUCGCCCGUGUCCUCAAGGUCCUUGGCCGAACCGGCUCCCGAGGUGGUGUUACCCAAGUCCGAGUCGAGUUCAUGGACGAGUCCAACCGAUCCAUCAUCCGAAACGUCAAGGGUCCUGUCAGGGUUAACGACAUCCUCGCUUUGUUGGAGUCUGAGCGUGAGGCUCGGUACGUCUUUUUUCCCUCUUCCCUUCUGGGGUUUAUUUCUUAGAGCGGGUGCUGACUGGAUUGUUUAGUCGUCUCCGUUAAGCGGUGGUUGUUGGGAACGAGCGGCGGUAGUUUGGUUCUGUGAUGACAUACCUUCGGCAUACAACCUUGCAGUCUCGUGUUGCAGUCGCAGUGUUGCAGAAUCCAGGAUUGGGUUGCAGGUGGUGGAAAGGACAGUGCGGAAUCAGGUGGCAAGCGGCGAGAUUUCAAAGAGACGAGAUGGUCCGGUCGACGUGUGGUGGGCGUGUUCUGCUACUGAGAGCUGGGUGUUGUGGAGGAGAGUGAUGUCUGAGCGCACUUGGAUGGUUUGCUGAGGGUCGGGUUUAUCAUCACUUACCCGCUUUCAAUCCCGACUUGACUCUGGCUGAUCUUCCUUACCCUGGACCUUGACUGCUUACUCUACUAUUGAUCACUCCCUACUGAAGGUAGACGAUCUGAUCACUCAUGGCUCAUGUACUCCAAACUCGUGAUCCCUUGACUUCCCUCUCCUGUCAAACCUAUCGACCGCCCUACGCAAUCGACUCGAUCGAUCAUCACCAUGACCAGAUUCGACGCGACCAGCAUCACCGAACGGACGUCUGAUACUCCACUUUUCGUAUUACCGAGGGCGAGCGUUGAUCACCUAGCCGGUUUUCGAAAGGGCAAAGGCGGCUGGGGCCUUGUACCGAGG